UGGUAGAUCAGCGGGACCGCCGAGCUUCAGCUUCGGUGUGUUUUCGGGCUGGCUGUUCUUUGUCCUCCAUUAGAGCUCGGAUUCCCAGGCCCAUCGUACGGCGCAGGCCCGAAGUAGCGCAGCCGCUCUGAGUUCGUGUUUGAGGCUAGCACCACGCCAUGGAGGACCACAGCGUUCACCAGACUGAACACAUGACCACCAUCGAGGAGCACGCCGUGCAGCAGGUACAUGUAGCCACGUACACAGAUCACAGCAUGCUGAGCGCCGACGAGGACUCUCCCUCAUCCCCUGACGACGACGCCUAUGAUGACUCAGACAUCCUUCACUCGGCCGGCAAUGACGAGAUGACCGCGCACCUGGCAGCUGCAGGCCCAGUAGGUAUGGCUGCAGCUGCUGCCGUAGCAACAGGCAAGAAACGCAAGAGGCCCCACAUCUUCGAGUCCAACCCGUCCAUCCGCAAGAGACAACAGACACGCCUUCUGAGGAAACUGCGAGCCACCCUGGAUGAGUACACCACCAGAGUUGGCCAACAGGCCAUAGUUCUGUGCAUCUCUCCCUCCAAGCCCAACGCUUUGUUCAAGGUGUUUGGUGCUGCGCCGCUGGAGAAUGUGGUGAGGAAGUACAAGGGCAUGAUCCUGGAGGACCUGGAGAAUGCCCUGGCCGAGCACGCACCCCCUGGGGGGGAACUAACCUCCGAGCUGCCCCCCCUCACCAUUGACGGCAUCCCUGUCUCUGUGGACAAGAUGACACAGGCCCAGCUGCGAGCGUUCAUCCCGAGAUGUUGA